UCCCUUCGCAUCACUGUAUUCUCAACAAGAACAAGAACAAGAGCAGAGGGAAUGUCGAUCCACUUCUAAUUCAACCCAAAACAGUCUUCGAUUGUUAGACACAUGUAGAGAGAGAAAGUGAUAGCUAUUUAUAGAGAGAGAAACAGAUAGAAUCAUGGGCGGGAUGACUUCGUCUAUGGCGGCCAAGUUUGCUUUUUUCCCACCGAGCCCGCCGUCAUACAAGCUAAUUACAGACGAAGCCACUGGUCUCUUGCUCUUACACCCUUUUCCUCACCGUGAAAACGUCGAGAUUUUGAGGCUGCCCACUCGUCGAGGCACAGAGAUCGUGGCUGUUUAUGUACGGUACCCAAUGGCCACCUCUACUCUGCUCUACUCUCAUGGGAAUGCAGCUGAUAUUGGUCAGAUGUAUGAGCUCUUCAUCGAGUUGAGCAUUCACUUGAGAGUCAAUCUCAUGGGGUACGACUACUCUGGCUACGGGCAGUCAUCAGGAAAGCCCAGUGAGCACAAUACGUAUGCUGAUAUCGAGGCUGCAUAUAAGUGUCUUGAAGAGAGCUAUGGAACUAAGCAGGAAGACAUAAUCCUUUAUGGUCAAUCUGUUGGAAGUGGCCCCACUUUAGAUCUUGCUGCCCGAUUACCUCGACUAAGAGCUGUUGUUUUACACAGUCCUAUACUUUCUGGCUUAAGAGUCAUGUAUCCUGUGAAGCGCACUUACUGGUUUGACAUCUAUAAGAACAUUGACAAGAUUCCUUUGGUGAAAUGUCCUGUUUUAAUCAUUCAUGGAACUUCUGAUGAAGUUGUUGACUUCUCCCAUGGUAAACAGCUAUGGGAACUUUGCCAAGAUAAGUAUGAACCAUUAUGGGUCAAAGGUGGAAAUCACUGUGACUUAGAACUAUAUCCCGAUUAUAUUAAGCACCUAAAAAAGUUUGUGUCUACCGUUGAAAAACCACCCUCCCAGAGGAACAGUUCUAGGAAAAGUAUAGACCGACCUGAGCAUUCUAGGAAGAGUACUGAUUGUUUUGAGGCUCCAAGAAAGAGCACUGACCGCAGGGAGAAACCCAGGCGAAGCACUGAUAGGCUUGAAAAACUGAAAAGCUUUGAGUACAAUUUCACUAAUGAUGAGAAGCUGGCCAAGUUGAGAAUACCGUUCGACCAGGUGGAGAGAUCUCGGAGGAGUGUAGAAUACCAUGAAAAGUCUCGAAGAAGCAUCGAUCAACAGAUGGAAAGGGCACGGAAAAGUGUGGAUUGGGUGGAUAGAAUACGAGCUGGGUAAGUCUGUAAAGCUCAUUGUAAAAUUGUGUACCGCAUUUUUCUCGGGGCAAAUGGGGAAAGAAGAGAUGGAAGUUGUUGACGUUGAUGAUUUAACUUAAUGAGUUGUUUAUUUUGCUCUUUGCAAGUUCAAUGACAGCUCCAAUGGAAUGUAGAUUUGUAUGCAUUUUUCAUUCUAUGUCCUCAAAUUACUUGUAACUUUGAUUUUCGUUGGGGAUAAGGAGACUGGGUGAUAAAGGUAUAUUUUUCAGACCCCC